AUGGUUCUCAUGUCGGAGAAUGCCCUGCCGGGAAUCGACGGGCGGUGGACCUCUUCCAAGCACGCAGGAGUGAAGACGAUUCAAGGGAAGACCUUGUAUUGGGGCUUCGGCAUGCAGUUUGGCAUCAACUACCUGCCGAUGGAGCGGUUGUCCUACGACCACAUGGGCAUGACCAGGAAAGGGAUGCUGGCUGGAAACAAGAUCGACUGGAAUGAUGAUGACUGCUGGACUCGCCAGCAGAAUGAUCCUUACAGCACCACUGAGACAUUGCGCUUGGGAGCGCGAUUGGCUGCCAACUCGAUCGGCUUUUGUUGCCACAAGGGCUUCAAACCGGAGAUCCCCAACCAGGACAACUGGUCCAUUGUGCAUGUCAAUGGCGACUUCUCCGUCUACACCAUUUGUGAUGGGCACGGCUUGAGUGGUCAUCACGUAGCAGAUGUGACGAAGGACUCCCUGCCGCGCCUACUUUUGCAAGAUCCUCGCUUUCGGAGGCAACGCCGAGAUGCUUUGGUGGAUGCCUUUGAGAAUACGCAGGACCUGCUGCGCACGGCGGAUCGGCAAGGCCUGGUGAAGGCGGCCGUGGGAGGCACCACAGCUACAGUGGUGGUUCAUGACCACGCAGAGCAGAAGCUGCAGGUCGCUCAUGUCGGUGACAGUGCAGCGGUACUGGGGCGGAUGGGCCAGGCGGAGCAAUUCCUCGCCGUGCCACUCACCCGUGACCACCACUUGGAGGCCGAGGACGAGCGCCACCGGGUGGAGGCGGUGGGUGCUCGUGUGGAAUGGGAAGCCGGCGCUUACCGGGCCUUCAACAAGCAUGGGACGGGCGCAGGCCUCAAUGUGACUCGAAGCCUGGGAGAUUUGGAUGCCCACGUGGAGUGUGGCAUUUCCAGCGAGCCCGAAGUGAAGGAAGUGCUCCUGGCUCCAGAAGAUAAGGUGCUAGUGGUGGCCAGCGACGGCGUGUGGACUUGGAUGAAGCCUCAGGAGGUCCUGGACAUCGUCGCGGCCUGCGGAGCAGCGCAACCCACCGUGGCCGCCGAGCGCGUCGCCAAGGAGGCUUAUGAACGCUGGAUGCAACAGACGGGACGUCAGGCAGCCGACGACAUCGUCGUCUUGAUCAUUGAUUUGGCUGCGAGAGACAGAAAGGAGAGCACGACGUCACAUGAAGACGGCUUUGACGGCUGUGGCUUCUUUGGUGCUGAUGAUGAGACGGAGGAGAGCACUGAGGGGUGA